AUGCGUGCAACAAAGAGAAUUUCAGAUGUUAUGGAAAAUUUGUAUGACAAAGACAUGAAUUUACAGAUAUUAUUCAUAUCAAUCGGUGCUGUUUGUUUAGUUGUUAUUUUCACAUUGCCAUGGUAUUUCAGAGACUUUGUUAUUCAGAAUUACAGAGUUCUUUUAAUGAUGUUACAGCAUUUACCACCACAAACUAUUAUAGAUACACCAGAAAUUCUUGAGUUCUUCACAGGAAAGAAGAAGAAAGGUGAUAAAGAUAAAAUGUCUACAUCCAAAUCAAUUAUCCAUGAUGCUAGCGAAUGCAUUAUCAUCACAAAUCAAAACUCUGUUAUUGAAAUUGUUAACAAGAGUGUAACAGAUAAUAUUGGGUUAACACCAGAUCAACUGUUAGGACAGCAAAUUGCAAACUUUGUUUCUGCAAAGGAUCAGGCCAGAUUGACAUCCCAAAUUGAUUUAAUGAUGAGUGGUCAAGGAUCAGCAUUCUGGGAAGAUCAUAUCGAACUUGUUAAUGAUAACAAUGCAUCAGUUCCAUUCACAAUCACAAUGAUUGGAAUGAAAGAUAAUGAUAAUUCAUCAGAAAUCAAGUCAAUUGUUUUCAUUCUUUCCAAUGAAACAGAAGAAAUCCAGAAAAGAGCAGACGCUGAAGCAGCCAAAGCUAAAUCAGAAAAGUUGCUUUACCAGAUCCUUCCAAAGAGUAUUGUUGUAAGACUCAAUAGAGGUGAAACAGAUAUUUCAUUCACAAUUGAAUCUGCAACAAUCUUCUUCAUUGAUAUUGUUAAGUUCUCUGCAUACACUGCAACACUUACACCAACAGAAAUCAUGUCUAACUUGAGCUUGGUAUUUGCUACAUUCGAUAAGAUUGUUUCCGAAUAUCCUUCAAUUACAAAGAUCAAGUUAAUUGGUGAUGUUUAUAUGGCAGCUGCUGGUUUGUUCCAAGAAGAGGAUGAAAAAUCUAACAAACAUGCUGAAGAUGCAGUUCGAUGCUGCAUACAAUGUUCUAAAGCAAUGGAAGAAAUCAACAUGAAAUUGAAUGCCUCCCUUGAAGCCCGUAUUGGUGUAAACAGUGGCGGCCCACUCAUUGGUGGUGUUCUUGGUACAGAUAAACCAACAUUCGACAUUAUUGGAGAUCCAAUCAAUGUCGCUGCAAGACUCCAAUCAACGGAUAUUGCUGGUUGCGUACAGAUUUCUAGUGAUACGAAGGCUCUUAUCGAAAACUUGGAUUUCACAAUCGAAGAGCGUGGUGAAAUCUACUUGAAAGGAAAGGGUAAUAGAAUGACUUACUUUGUUAGUUUACAGAACAAACAAGAUGUUGAGGCCUCGUUCACAAUGACGCUAUCAUCAAGAGAGCCUCAUUAA